AUGAAGAAGUUAGGGCAGAAACUUGGUGCUCUGUCUAACUAUCAAGAUGUCAAAGAGGAGUUGCAGCAUGUGAUCUAUAACAACAUUACCCUGAAGGAGUUUGUUGAUUCUUGGUGGGAAGUUGUGAAAAAGUUCAAGCUACAAGACUUUGAGUUCUAUGAUUGGCUAGAAGGCCUGGAAAGCCGUGCAAAUGAUGAGCAGGAUGCGGAUGCGAACUCAGCACGUUAUGUGAGGCCUUUAUUAUCAGAAUUUCGUCUGGAACGUAAAUUUCAAAAACUUUACACGGAUGCAAAGUUUGUUGAAGUACAAAAUCAGUGCAACCGUGUGGCAUAUGUGACCCCUGUCGAGCCAAAGAAGUUGGUGUCACAUAUUGAGGAGGAGCAUGUCUUCUCACAUCGUGUAUGGAUAUAUUGCAAGAAAAAGAGGAGAGAAGUUCCCUCAAAAGAUCGGUUGAAGGAGUAUACAGUUUUGUAUAACACGGAGAAAAAAGAGGCAUACUGUGAUUGUCGCCACUUUGAAUGUCAUAGGAUUGUUUGUAGACACAUAAUAAAGAUUUUAGACAUGAAUGGUGUUAGUGAGGUCCCUCCCAUGUACAUUCUUGAUAGGUGCAGAAAGGAUAUUAGUAGGAAACAUACCCUUACCAAAGUUGCUUAUCAUGAUGCGUCCAAAACGGAAGAGGUGAUGAGAUAUGAUAAGUUGAUGUUAGCUCUUGAACCUGUUGUUAUGCAUGCUUCAUCAUCGGAUGAAGCUGUUGAAGUCCUGAUGGAUAUGAUUCAAUUAAUGAGCAUUAAGGUUGAUGAACUAAGUGUGUUAGCUCAAGGUUCAGGCCAAGGUUCUGGCGGUGAUGAAAGGCCUAGUUGUGAUCUUGAGGUGGUGAAACAGGCUAUGCCUCCAACUCCAAAAACCCCUAGCUCAGUUAACAAAGGUAGCAUUGCAUAA